GUAUUUUGGACACUGCCAUUGUGGAUCGGGGCAGAAAUGUCCUUUCUUGCUCCAGAGAUGGCACUGCCCGUCUCUGGGACUGUGGCAAAUCUGCCUGUCUGGGCGUCGUGGCCGACUGCGGCUCUCCUGUCAACGGCAUUGCUGUGGGCACUGCUGACAACUCGCUGAACCUGGGCACGCCGGAAAAAGCUCCUAGUGAACGUGAGAUUGGGACAGAAGGGAAAAUCCUGCUGCUGGCUCGAGAAGACAAGAAGCUUCAAGGAGUGGGACUGCAGAGCAGGCAGCCG